AUGCGCGUGAGAAUAUCCCCAUCACUCACAAGGAUACAUACAAUUCCUUCAUUAUCAUCAACACCCUCCCGAGUAUCCAAGCACACCUCCAUCCCCUACUCAACCCUCCCCCAAACACCCAAACCACCCCAUGAACACCAAUACUCCUGUCCCAUCAACGCGGAGCCCCUCCACCGCUACACAACCGGCGGCUACCACCCAAUAACACUGGGAAGUCUCCUCCAUCAAGAAAGAUACAAAAUCCUGCAUAAGUUAGGAUGGGGCGGAUACUCCACUGUCUGGGCUGCUAGAGAUGAACAAUUUGUUUUCAGAGAAGGGAGGUAUGUCGCUAUUAAGAUCUGCGUAUCGGAGAACUAUAGCAAUAAAGGGCGUCAGGAGAUUAGUAUUUUGAAGAGUCUAAACGACACUAAACAUGUCGUGCGCAUGCUUGAUCACUUCGAUGUAGAGGGACCGAAUGGGAUACAUCCCUGUUUGGUUCUUGAGAUGCUGGGUCCAAGUGUGUCUGAUUUGGUGGAGGGGUGGUUCGCAGAUGGGAGACUCCCUGGGAGUUUGGCUAAGGGUGUUGCGAGGCAGGCUAUGAGGGGACUUGAUGCAUUGCAUCGUAGGGGGAUUGCGCAUGGAGAUUUCCAUAUCCGCAAUCUGGCUUUCAAUAUACCAUCUGUGGCUAACAUCCUCGAAGAUGAACUCAUCAAUCUACUAGGGAGACCAGAUAUCGGAUACGUCCGCUGCAAUGAUGGUGGAAGCCUGGCGCCUGGUAUACCGGAGUAUAUUGUUAGGCCUGCAAGUCUACACUUACAGUCAUGGCCAUUGUCGAAUACUGUCAAAAUUGUUGACUUUGGUGAAUCGUUCCCACAGAAAGAUACUCCUGAAAUACUCCACACUCCACUAGUAGUUCGGGCACCUGAAGUGAUAUUUAAAGACCGUCUGGAUCAUCGUGUGGAUUUGUGGAGUCUAGGCUGUAUGUUAUUCGAAUUACUUGUUGGGCAACCCCCCUUUGAUAGCUUCUUGAUUACUCCCAAGAUUCUCGUUGAGCAAAUGCAAGAAAUGGCGGGCGAAGCAUUGCCUGACAGAUGGGUACCUUUAUGGGAGUCAAUGCGUGGAGAAGAUAUCACUGAAGACGGAGGACUUGGAUUGCAAGAGUGGCUAGAGGAGAUGUACUUUGAUGGUGAGCGCAAAGAAGACUUGUCGAGAGAUGAUAUUGUGGAACUGGGGAGGAUCAUUCGGAAGUUGCUACGCUUUGAGCCAGGUGCUCGUGCUUCGGUGGAGGAGAUCUUGAAUGAUCCUUGGUUUAGA